AAAUCUCCCUUUUCAAAUGCAUUUCGCCCACCAUUUUUUUCCCUCUUUUUGGUUUCUACGAAUUCACUCAAUCUUCAAGCUCAACUCUGCAGAUUUUCAGCAAAUUCGGAAACCCUAAUCCUCUUCGUUUCAAGGAAUCUAUUCAUCUGUAUCCUCGCCGUCGUUCGCCUAGACUCACACGUUCACGAGCCUACAGAGAGAGAGACCGAAUUUUGAUACGAGCAAUGUCGGACGAAUUGAUCUUGCAUUCAUCCAAUUCCUCGAACCAAUCGGGUCAGUCCUCUAAGAUCGCGAAACUUGAAGCGAGAUUGGUGGGCAAGGCUUCAUCUGUAGCUGCCUCACAGCCGCAACAAGACCAGACGCACCUGAAUUCGUUGACUGUGCCUGCCCAGUUUGGAGGUGCUGCGGAUGGUCUGCCGGAGUCUUUAGUUGAUGAUUCUGAUGAUGAUAACGGAGGAGCCUAUCUCAUACUGGCAAAUACUGAAAAGCGGCAGAAGAUUGAUGAAGUAUGCAGCCUUAUUUCUGUUGAACAAGCUCAGGACAGUAAUUUUUCUGGAAGUACACAACUGGCAGCAGCUGAUGCUUGGCACAAGAACACAGAACCAAUUGACAACAACAAGCUAGGUGGUGAUGUAAGUAUAAGAAAACAAAGCCGUGCUCGGGCUACUACCUCUUCCGGUAGGGGACGGGGUUCUCGUGUUAGUGAUCAGGAUGGACUCGUUAAAGAACAGCUCGGGCAUGACGGUCACCCCUCAAGAGAGGAUGAAGGAACUUCACUACGCGCAAAGGUUUCAGCAAUGGUGGAAGAACUGAAAAAAUCACGCGAAGAGGUCUCUGAUUCCCGGAAUAAAUGUGAACGACUCGAAAAGGAGCUUAAUAAUAUCAGAGAUUAUGAACAACAGAUGAAACCAAAGAGAAUGAAAGUAAUAUAUGAAUUAUUGAUGUCUGUAUCAAAAGCUGAAAGACAAGAGGCAAGGAUGAGAGUACGCCAGGAUUCCCUCAGACUUGGCAACAUUGGAGAGGUCAGAGCUGGCACGAUCAUAUCUGAAGCGUGGGAGGGUGGACAAGCCAUGAAAGAUAUCAAUGCCCAACUUAGGAGUUUGAUGGAAAUGAAGGAGGGAAUUGAAAGACACAGAAAAUCUCUGAAGAAACGACCAUUCGACAAGGGUGAGGUAGCUGAUGCAGAUGGCAGGGUUCAGGAAGAAGAUAUUCUCAUGCAGGAUGAAAUUUUCGAGUCUCGCCUAGCCAGCAUCAAACGGGAGGAGGAAGCUGUACUGUGUGAAAGAGAGCGUCAUGAAUUCGAAAAGGGAAGAUUAAUAUGUGAAAUGAAACGUAUAAGGGAUGAGGAUGGCUCUCGUUUCAACAAUUUUCAGAUAUUGAAUGUCCGUUAUGCUCUGUUAAACCUCUUGGGCAAAGGAGGAUUUAGUGAAGUUUAUAAGGCUUUUGACUUGGUGGAAUAUAGAUACGUUGCCUGUAAGCUACAUGGUUUAAGUGCUCAGUGGAGUGAAGAGAAGAAGCAAAGCUAUAUACAGCAUGCAAUCAGGAAAUAUAAUAUUCUCAAAACUUUGGUCCACCGUCACAUAGUUCGGCUUUGGGACAUCUUUGAGAUUGAUCACAGCACAUUCUGCACUGUCUUGGAGUAUUGCAGUGGCAAGGAUCUCGAUGCUGUUCUUAAAGCAACACCUGUACUCCCAGAAAGAGAAGCUAGGAUUAUCGUAGUCCAGAUCUUUCAGUGCCUUGUUUACCUGAAUAAAAGAUCAGUGAAGAUUAUUCAUUACGAUUUGAAACCUGGAAAUGUUCUAUUUGAUGAAUUUGGCAUUGCUAAAGUCACAGAUUUCGGUCUUAGCAAGAUUGUGGAGGACAAUGUUGGAUCCCAAGGCGUGGAAAUUACGUCCCAUGGCGCUGGUACAUAUUGGUAUCUGCCCCCAGAAUGUUUUGAGCUAAACAGGAUACCUCUCAUUUCCUCGAAGGUUGAUGUUUGGUCUCUGGGUGUCUUAUUGUACCAAAUGCUGUUUGGCAGAAGGCCUUUUGGGCACGACAAAAGUCAAGAGAGAAUUCUUUGUGAAGAUACAAUUAUCCAACCUCCUAAAGUUGAGUUCCCUUCAAGACCAUCUGUAUCUAAUGAGGCAAAGGAUUUUAUUUGCCGUUGCCUAACAUACAAUCAAGCCGAGCGACCUGAUGUUUUAGCUAUUGCUCAGGAUCCAUACGUGAUCUAUACGAAGAAAUGACGACUGUGCGGCUUGGAGGUACAGCUGCAGAUGAGAGAAUGUACGUCUGUGGGAAGAAGUCAUUCAAUUUUUGAGGAGAUGAAAACUUGGAAACUUUGUACAUUGGUAAAAAGUCUGUGUUGCAAUUGGGCUCUAAACAAAAUUAUCUUUUGAUCCUUUUUGACCUUCGAAAAAUAGAUUUUUCUCCAACAAUACUCCCAUUAAACAAAUUUUAAAACUACUUCAUAGAUUGUUUCAUAGAUUGUAAGGGUAGUUAAUUCAUUUUUUAAGAAUUA